UCCAACGGAUCUUAUCCCCUCCCCAACACACACACAUACAAACGCCACCUCGUUUUCUCUCUCCCCUCCCUCCAAACUCUCCUACUCCUCCGCCGGCGAUAUUUUUUUCGAAUUUUCCCGAAUUACCCCUCUGUCUUGAAAACAAAGCUGUACAGGUUUGGAGAAGAUUGUUAUAGUUAUGGCGGAUUCAGACAAUGAAUCAGGAGGGCAUAACAACGCGAACUGUAGCGAACUGUCGGCAAGAGAACAGGACAGGUUUCUACCGAUUGCAAACGUAAGCAGAAUCAUGAAGAAAGCGUUGCCGGCGAACGCGAAGAUCUCGAAGGAUGCCAAGGAGACAGUACAAGAGUGCGUGUCGGAAUUUAUUAGUUUUAUUACAGGGGAAGCUUCUGACAAGUGUCAGCGUGAAAAGCGGAAGACAAUCAACGGCGAUGAUUUACUUUGGGCUAUGACUACACUUGGGUUUGAAGAGUAUGUUGAGCCUUUAAAGAUUUACUUACAAAAGUAUAGAGAGAUGGAGGGUGAAAAGACUACCAUGGGUAGACCAGGGGAGAAAGACGGCGCUGGUGGCGGCUCUUCUGGUGGUGCUGGUGGCGCCGCUGACGGUGGUGGCGGGGGUGGCGGUGGAAUUAGUUCUGGGGGGUUCAAUGGUGGAGCUGGCGGUGGAGGGAUGUAUGGUGGGAUGAUGAUGAUGGGUCAUCACCAUCAUCAUCAUCAAGGACACGUGUACGGCUCAGGUGGGUUUCAUCACGGUGGUGGUGGCAAUUCAAGGUAGGUGAUUAGGGUUCGGCAGUGGGAGGGUUUUAAUUUUUUUUUUUUUAAAGUUUUGUGUUUAGUAUAAGUGUACUAUAUUAAUUUGUGAUUAAUCAAUGAUUAUUAACUUGUUUAGUUCUUUUUUGGUUAAUUUGUUUUGGUUUUUCUUGAUGGGAAUGGUGAUAAGUGUAAUUUGAGUAGCAGAGAGUAUAAUCAACGUAAUGCAUAUAUGCAUAGUACAAGAAUUGUAACAAAUGUAAUGAUAGAAGAGUGCUAAUUUGAGAAGGGGAAGUAACAUUCUAAACAAUUGUGUUAGAAUUUAGAAUCUAUCAAUUGUUCUAUUAAUGAA